UGUAGUUAGGCUGUUUUUUCACCCUUUCUGUUGUCUCAGAGCGGCUGCCCCUCCUCAGGCAGCUUCGGAGUCGCUCUUCUACUAUAGACUCCUGGGAACCAGCUUCUUCGGUGCGCGGAGCCUUAGGACAAAAUGGCGCUUGCACUGCGCCCGAGGCCGGCCUGGGCCCAGCUGUUUUGGUAUGAACAGGAUUCGGAUUCACGUCUUGCCAACCAAUCGGGGUAGGAUCACCCCAGUGCCCAGGUCUCAGGAGCUCCUGUCUUGUUCAUUUACUCAUCGCCCGUGCUCCCAACCUCGCCUGGAGGGCCAGGAGUUUUGCAUUAAGCAUAUCCUUGAAGACAAGAAUGCACCCUUCAAGCAGUGUAGUUAUAUAUCAACGAAGAAUGGAAAGAGAUGUCCCAGUGCUGCCCCAAAACCAGAGAAGAAAGACGGGGUGUCCUUCUGUGCUGAACAUGCCCGCAGGAAUGCCUUAGCACUUCAUGCUCAAAUGAAGAAGACCAACCCAGGGCCUAUGAGUGAAACACUCUUGUGCCAGCUGAGCGCGUAUGCUAAGACAGAACUGGGCUCUCAGACUCCAGAAAGUAGCCGCAGUGAAGCCAGCCGAAUACUGGAUGAAGACAGCUGGAGUGAUGGGGACCAGGAACCCAUUACUGUGGAUCAGACAUGGAGAGGUGACCCUGACAGUGAAGCUGAUAGCAUAGACAGUGAUCAAGAAGAUCCCCUAAAACAUGCUGGUGUCUACACGGCUGAAGAAGUGGCCCUGAUUAUGCGGGAGAAGCUGAUUCGUUUGCAGUCUUUGUACAUUGAUCAGUUUAAACGACUUCAGCAUUUGCUGAAGGAGAAGAAGCGUCGAUACUUACAUAAUCGCAAAGUGGAACAUGAAGCUUUAGGCAAUAGUCUCCUUACUGGCCCAGAGGGACUUUUGGCCAAAGAACGAGAGAACUUAAAGCGAUUAAAAUGUCUUCGACGGUAUCGCCAACGCUAUGGAGUAGAAGCCUUGCUACACAGGCAGCUAAAGGAACGCAGAAUGCUGGCCACAGAUGGUGCCGCCCAACAGGCCCAUACCACUCGUUCUAGUCAGAGGUGCUUGGCCUUUGUGGAUGAUGUUCGUUGUUCCAAUCAGUCUCUCCCAAUGACCAGACACUGCCUUACCCAUAUUUGUCAGGAUACGAAUCAGGUUCUCUUCAAAUGCUGCCAGGGAUCUGAAGAGGUACCUUGCAACAAACCAGUUCCUGUAAGCCUCUCUGAGGAUCCCUGCUGUCCACUGCACUUCCAGUUGCCUCCUCAGAUGUAUAAGCCCGAGCAGGUACUGUCUGUGCCAGACGAUCUGGAAGCCGGCCCCAUGGAUCUGUACUUGAGUGCUGCUGAGCUUCAGCCCACUGAGAGUUUACCACUGGAGUUCAGUGAUGACUUGGAUGUUGUUGGUGAUGGUAUGCAGUGCCCUCCUUCACCCUUGCUUUUUGAUCCUUCAUUAACCCUUGAAGAUCAUUCAGUCAAAGAAAUUGCUGAAGGCCCAGUGGAUAUCUUGGCAAGUGAAGAACAAUCCCAGUUAGCCUUCCAUCAUAUAGUGACCUGGUCAGGCAAAGCGAUCCUUGUUUGCUAACAUGUACUCCAGGGAGUGUGGGUCUCAUCACAAGUAGAGUAUAAAGAUGCCUGCCCCCAAAUAGCUUUUGUUUAAUGAAUACCAUACAAGGAAGGUAUUUUUAAUAAAUGUCAUUUUGAGGCUGGGUGUAGCUCAGUCACAUAUUAUAUUCCUUAUAAUAUGUGAGGCCCUGGGUUUCAUCCCCAGAACUGCAAAUGAAUAAAUGAGAGAAUGAAAGAAGCCUUUUUCUGCUUCUUAGUGCCAUUUUGCUCCAAUUUUCUAGAUGGACCUUAGAAUAAUGGUCCCUAGUUUUCAUAUUGAGGGUAGGACAUAAAUUUUUUUAAAUGAAAGGUUAAGACAAGAAAUGUAAGUAAAUUUUUUUCUUUUUUUUUUUUUUUUUUGAUACUGGAGAUUGAACCCAGGCGUGCUCUGACCUACAUCCCAGAUUUUAUUUUGAGAUAGGGUUUUGCUAAAGUUGCUAAGAUUAACCUCGAACUUGGGAUCCUACUGCUUCAGCCUUCCAAGUUACAGAUGUGCACAACUAUGCUUGGCUAAAUUGUGCCGUUUAAGGGAGAGUUCAUUACUGGAAUUAUUCUCAUUGCAGAAUAAGCACCAGUAGUGUGAUUUGGCUUCUUUCUCUGAGGUUGGAUACCAGUGGCCCUGACUGAAGACCAGCAGUUACACUAUAGCUGUUGGUUUCAAGCAGAGGCCUAAAAAACUUAUCUUCUAUGGUUCAUUGGCUGUUCUGGGACCUUAGUCGAGAAUGGCUGUUUCAUUUGGAAGAAACAAUCCACGGUUGUCUCUUCCAUUGGGAGAGCUUCAAGAAUGCCAAGUAAUGAUUUCAGACUCUUUAAGAUUAGGCAGUAUUGGGAAGAGCAGCUCCCAGAGUUGUUUUAAUGUACUGAAUAUAAAUGGGAAUUGAUAGAUUCAUAAUUAAGGUUUCAGAGCAUCGAGAAUGAUUUUUUUUCCUUCAUGAGACUUAAAAUUUUUUUUUAAUUUUAUGUGUUCUUCUUAGAUAUACAUGACAGUAGAAUGUAUUUUGACAUAUUAUACAUACAUGGAGUAUAACUUACUCUAAGUAGGAUACAAUUUUUGUGGUUGAACAUGAUGUGGAGUUAGUUAUUUCUGUUUGUGUAUUCGUAUGUGAACAUAGGGAAUUUAUAUCUGAUUCAUUCUCCUGUCAUUCCUGAUUCCCCUCCCCAUCCUCCCUUCCAGUGAAUGCUUUACUAAUCAAAGUACC